AUGAAGUUUCAAGCCGAAAUCGAGAUAACGGAAAGGAACGGCACCACAUUGUCCAUAGGCACAGAUAUAACAGAAAUAUGGUAUUUGGGGACAAGAAACACGGAGUUCAACGUCAGACAACCCUCAACACCCAGUACAGGUAACACGGAGUUCAACGUCAGUCAACCCUCAACACCAAGUACAGGUAACACUGAGUUCAACGUCAGACAACCCUCAACACCCAGUACAGGCAACACGGAGUUCGACGUCGGACAACCCUCAACACCCAGUACAGCUAACACUGAGUUCAACGUCAGACAACCCGCAACACCCAUUCCUAGCAACACGGAGUUCGUCGUCAGACAACCCUCAACACCAUUCCUAGCAACACAGAGUUCGACGUCAGACAACCCUCAACACCCAGUACAGGUAACACGGACAACCCUCAACACCCAGUACAGCAACAGGGAGUUCGACGUCAGUCAACCCUCAACACCAAGUCCAGGUAACACUGAGUUCAACGUCAGACAACCCUCAACACCCAGUACAGGCAACACGGACAACCCUCAACACCAAGUCCAGGUAACACUGAGUUCAACGUCAGACAACCCUCAACACCCAGUACAGGCAACACGGAGUUCGACGUCGGACAACCCUCAACACCAAGUACAGACAACCCUCAACACCCAGUACAGGCAACAUGGAAUUCGACGUCAGACAACCCUCAACACCCAGUACAGGAAACACGGACAACCCUCAACACCCAAUACAGGAAACACGGAGUUCAACGUCAGACAUCCCUCAACACCCAGUACAGGUAACACGGAGUUCGACGUCAGACAACCCUUAACACCCAGUAAAGGAAACACGGAGUUCAAAGUCAGACAACCCUCAACACCCAUGCCUAGCAACACGGAGUUCAACGUCAGACAACCCUCAACACCCAUUCCUAGCAACACGGAGUUCGACGUCAGACAUCCCUCAACACCCAGUACAGGCAACAUGGAGUUCGAUGUCAGACAACCCUCAACACCCAGUACAGGAAACACUGAGUUCAACGUCAGACAACCCUCAACACCCAUUCCUAGCAACACAGAGUUCGUCGUCAGACAACCCUCAACACCCAUUCCUAGCAACAGGGAGUUCGACGUCAGACAACCCUCAACACCCAGUACAGGCAACAUGGAGUUCGAUGUCAGACAACCCUCAACACCCAUUCCUAGCAACACUGAGUUCCACGUCAGACAACCCUCAACACCCAGUACAGGAAACACGGACAACCCUCAACACCCAAUACAGGAAACACGGAGUUCGACGUCAGACAACCCCCAACACCCAGUACAGCAACACAGAGUUCGACGUCAGACAACCCUCAACACCCAGUACAGGAAACACGGACAACCCUCAACACCCAUUCCUAGCAACACAGAGUUCGACGUCAGUCAACCCUCAACACCCAUUCCUAGCAACACUGAGUUCAACGUCAGACAACCCUCAACACCCAUUCCUAGCAACACUGAGUUCAACGUCAGACAACCCUCAACACCCAGUACAGGAAACACGGAGUUCGACGUCAGACAACCCUCAACACCCAUUCCUAGCAACAGGGAGUUCGACGUCAGACAACCCUCAACACCCAUUCCUAGCAACAGGGAGUUCGACGUCAGACAACCCUCAACACCCAUUCCUAGCAACAGGGAGUUCGACGUCAGACAACCCUCAACACCCAUUCCUAGCAACACAGAGUUCGACGUCAGACAACCCUCAACACCCAGUACAGGAAACACGGACAACCCUCAACACCCAUUCCUAGCAACACAGAGUUCGACGUCAGUCAACCCUCAACACCCAUUCCUAGCAACACUGAGUUCAACGUCAGACAACCCUCAACACCCAUUCCUAGCAACACUGAGUUCAACGUCAGACAACCCUCAACACCCAGUACAGGAAACACGGAGUUCGACGUCAGACAACCCUCAACACCCAUUCCUAGCAACAGGGAGUUCGACGUCAGACAACCCUCAACACCCAUUCCUAGCAACAGGGAGUUCGACGUCAGACAACCCUCAACACCCAUUCCUAGCAACAGGGAGUUCGACGUCAGACAACCCUCAACACCCAUUCCUAGCAACACAGAGUUCGACGUCAGACAACCCUCAACACCCAGUACAGGAAACACGGACAACCCUCAACACCCAGUACAGGUAA